UAUGAACGAAAAAUAAUGAAGCUUCCCAUAGCGAAGCCAAGAUUUGUACAUAAAUUUUACUCUCCACGCCCCCCAAUACCUCAUCGCAACUUCUCAUUUUCACCAUCUAAAUUUAACCAAGGGAUUGAGUAUAAUAUCCUUUCACCACCACCAUCUUCAUCUCUGAAUGCUUUUCCUUUCUAUAGAGCGAAGCAGAUAUUCAAGAUGACGAGCCUUUUACCCGACGCCGCGGCCACCGCUGACAAGACGGCGAAAUCGGAGAAGAUCAAGGGAACUGUUAUUUUGAUGAAAAAGAAUGCUUUGGACUUAAAAGAUUUGGGUGCAUCUGUUCUUGAUGGAGUUGAUGAAUUGAUUGGGAACAGAGUUUCGUUGCAGCUUAUCAGUGCUGAAAAUGGUGACGCUGCGAAUGAGUUUCGAGGAAAAGUUGGGAAACCUGCAUAUUUGGAGCAUUGGAGUUUUACAGACAUUUCUCCAGUAGCAGGGGAAUCUAAAUUCAGUGUCAACUUUGAUUGGGAUGAAGAAAUUGGAAAACCUGGAGCUCUACUGAUAAAAAAUAAUCAUCAUACUGAAUUCUACCUCAGGUCCAUCACUCUUGAACGUGUUCCAGGCCAUGGUCGGAUUCACUUUGUUUGCAAUUCUUGGGUUUAUCCUGGUCAUAAAUAUGAAAAACCCCGUCUGUUCUUCACCAACGAGACAUACCUUCCGCAUGAGAUGCCAAAGGCACUACGUAAAUCCAGAGAAGAAGAGCUCAACACAUUGAGAGGGAAUGGCAAAGGAGAACUUCAAGAAUGGGACCGUGUUUAUGACUAUGCUUAUUAUAAUGAUUUGGGGGAUCCUGAUAAGGGUCCCGACUACGCCCGACCAGUUCUUGGUGGAUCUGCUCAUUACCCUUAUCCUCGUAGAGGAAGAACAGGCAGACCUCCAGCAAAAUCAGAUCCAAACACUGAGAGCAGGUUACCACUUUCGAAGAUCUUUGACAUUUAUGUUCCAAGAGAUGAACGAUUUGGACGUUUAAAGUUUUCGGAUUUUCUGAGUUAUUUCAUAAAAUCUGGAGCUCAAUCCAUACCACCUGAACUAAAAGAUCUAGCUAACAGAACUGAUAAUGAAUUCCAAUCUUUUGGGGAAGUUCUUGAUCUCUACUAUGGAGGGAUUAAAAUUCCCUCUAACACUUUGCUGGAUACUAUCAUCAACAACAUUCCCUUGGAGUUGCUCAAACAAAUUUUUCGAACGGAUGGCGAGCAACUACUCAAAUUCCCUGUGCCUAAGGUCAUUCAAGAUAAUUUAAAUGCAUGGAGGACAGAUGAGGAAUUCGCCAGAGAAAUGCUUGCUGGUGUAAACCCGGUUAUCAUUCGGCUUCUUGAGGAAUUUCCUCCAACAAGCAAGCUAGAUCCUAGAGUAUACGGUGAUCAAAACAGUUCGAUAACAAAGGAACACAUAGAGCACAACUUAGAAGGACUCACAAUACACGAGGCACUGAAGACCAACAGGUUGUUCAUAUUGGAUCAUCAUGAUUCACUAAUGCCAUAUAUCAGAAAGAUAAAUUCUACUUCAACGAAGACUUAUGCAUCGAGAACCGUGUUGCUUCUGAGAGAUGACGGGACUUUGAAGCCACUGGCGAUUGAAUUAAGUUCGCCAGAUCCAAAGGGGGAUCAAUAUGGUGCUGUAAGCAAGGUCUAUACACCUGCACAAAAUGGGGUUGAAGGUUCCAUAUGGCUGCUGGCUAAAACUUACGUGGCUGUAAAUGAUUCUGCUGCUCAUGAGCUCAUAACCCAUUGGUUGAAAACUCAUGCCACAAUAGAGCCAUUUGUGAUUGCGGCGAAUCGGCAGCUUAGUGUGGUUCAUCCAAUUCAUAAGCUUCUCCACCCUCACUUCCGUGACACAAUGUAUAUAAAUGCAGUGGCCCGGGAGAUUCUUAUCAAUGGAGGUGGAUUACUAGAGUUCACUGUUUUCCCUGCAAAGUAUUCCAUGGAAUGGUCGUCUGCAGUGUACAAGGAUUGGAAUUUCCUUGACCAGGCUCUUCCAUCAGAUCUCAAGAAAAGAGGAGUUGCAGUGCACGAUAAGGAUUCACCAAAUGGACUUCGACUACUGAUAAAAGACUAUCCGUACGCUGUUGAUGGAUUGGAGAUUUGGUUUGCAAUUGAACAAUGGGUUCAAGAUUAUUGUUCAUUUUACUACAAGAACGAUGAAAUGGUUCAACAAGACCCAGAGCUUCAAGCCUGGUGGAAGGAAGUUCGAGAGCAGGGUCAUGGUGACAAGAAAGACGAGCCGUGGUGGCCCAAAAUGCAAACUCGCAAAGACCUCAUACAUUCAUGCUCCAUUAUCAUAUGGCUUUCUUCAGCUCUCCAUGCAGCCACUAACUUCGGCCAAUAUCCUUAUGCAGGCUACCCUCCCAAUCGUCCCACCAUAACCCGCAGGUUCAUGCCUGAGAAAGGCACUCCGGAAUAUACUGAACUCGAGUCGAUUCCUGACAAGUUUUUCCUUAAAACAAUCGCUGCUCGGCUGCAAUCAGUGAUUGGGAUUGCAUUGAUAGAAAUUCUGUCGAGGCAUUCAUCGGACGAAGUUUAUCUGGGACAAAGAGACACACCUGAAUGGACGUUAGAUAAAACACCAUUAGCAGCUUUCAAGGAUUUUGGAGAGAGGCUUUCGGGAAUCGAGGAAAAGAUCGUGCAGAUGAACAAUGACAAGAGAUUUAAGAAUCGUGUAGGUCCUGCUAAUAUGCCCUACACUUUGUUAUACCCUUCAAGUGGAGUUGGAAUCACAGGCAAAGGAAUUCCAAACAGUAUUGCAAUCUAAUGCUUUAAACACACCUAAUUGAUUUUAUUAAUAGUGUGUUAUGGAUUAAUCAAUGUAUUAUUCUCACUAUAUGUAAUGUUUUUAAAAAAAAUUACUUUAGCACUUAAAUUAUGAUUUCGUCUUAUUUGAUCCUCAA